AUGACUACCGCUAUGUUGUUGCGAAGUGACGCUAGCGGAUUAGUUCUUUGGAUUUUAAGACUUGUUGCGACAAGUGGUGUCAACAAGGGCACCUGGUUAACUUCGCUGGCGCUUGUCGCCACGUCACGGAGGCCGGCGGGCAAGGAGUGGGUAAUGCAGCAAUACUUCAACAAUAAUCGGCAUCAAGCUGUCAGUCCGACGGCGGAGGUCAAGGUGGACACGGAUCGCCUAUACGACUGCGGUGAGGAUCGCUUCCGCCGUGCUGUCCGGGACGUGAAGGACCGGAUGGGGACCAACCCGCUGCAGGAGGUGCAGACUUUUGGUGGCCGUGGAAACGGCCGCAGCCGGGGUGGAUACGGGGCCCAGCGCUUUCACCCUUACCAAGGUGGCGGGGCAAACACAAAUUUUAGCGGCCAGCAGCCGUUCGGUGGCCAGCAGCACUUUGGUGGCCAGCAGCAGUACCACCAGCCCUUGCCCAUGGGGCCCAUGAUGCCGGCCAGCCGUGGCCGCGGCCGGGGACCGAUGUGA